UGAUGCGCUGCGUUUUUGUCAUCAAAGUGCCUCUUCCAGCUGACAGGAGGCGCUAGAGGUUAAGUUUUAUAUAAGACACGGAAGCACACAAUACAAUAGCGUAAAAGCACGCAGCGAGGUAUUCAGACAUGGUUGUGCAAAUAAAAGUUGAAUACUGUGGUGGAUGAGGGUACGAGCCCCGCUUUCAGGAGCUCAAGCGGGUCGUCACUGCUGAGUUCACUGAUGCGGAUGUGAGUGGCUUCGUCGGUCGCCAAGGGAGCUUUGAGAUCGAGAUCAAUGGAAAACUGAUUUUCUCAAAGCUGGAAACCAGUGGCUUCCCCUAUGAAGAUGAUAUUAUGGAUGCUAUCCAAAGAGCCUACGAUGGCCAGCCGGUGGAGAAGAUCACCAAGAGCCAGCCUCCUUGUGUCAUCCUCUAAAGUUUCACCUCCUAACCCUUCACUUUUGGCUCUCAAGACACCUGAAUCACUCCUUGGAGAAGUCUAAAAUGUCAAGAUUUUGAACGGUUCUGUUUUAAAAGCAAGUGUUUUGGUGCAGGAUCCUUAAAUGUCCCCUUCUCUUCGCUCCUCCUUUCUGGGUGCUGGACCUAAAUGAUUACCGUAACUCUAAAGUGAGCAGUUAUGGUAUGAGGCCUGCAGUCUGUUCAUCCUUUAAGCGGGAGGAGAAAGAUGAGGGGACGGUGAGGAGGAGGCCAAUGGAAGGGUUAAAGGGAUAGUUCACCCAAAAAUAAAAACUCUGUCAUCAUUUACUCACCCUCAUGUCGUUCCAAAACUGUUUGAGUUUCUUUCUUCUGUUGAACACAAAGGAAGAUAUUUUGAAGAAUGUUGGUAACCA